CAAUGCACCACCUGUCACUUCUAAACUAUCAGUGGGGUGCCCAUAUGGACGUAUCAAUGGAAGCGUGUUUGUGCCAUAUGAAGAUCGAUCGAUUUAAAUAAAAAAAAGUUGAGAAAUUAUGUACAACAAAAUGUUACGUUCAAGAUCUCAAAGCAGCAUUUGGGAGCAGGAAGCAAAGUUUGUACAAGAUCGAAUAUCUAACGUAGAAAAACAUUUUGCAGAAUUAUGCACGACAUUUGCUGCAUAUAUAAGAAAAGCCGCAAGAUUGCGUGAUAAAGGAGAUGAAAUAGCAAAAAUUAUCCAAAUUUACGCACAAUCGGAAACGAUAAAUCAAUCGUUAUCUAAUGGGCUGACAAAUUUUUCUGCGAUUUUGUCAGUAAUAGGUGAUUAUAGAGACGCCAAAGUGCAGAGAUUUGACGCCAAAAUAAUUUCCCCACUUUCUCAAUACGCGACAAUUUGCAAACAUGCUCGUGAUGACGUAAAAAAUACAUUUACAGCACGCGAUAAGGAAUUGACAAGAAAAAGACAUCUAGAUAGGCUUCGAGAACGAAAUCCUAGAAAUAGACAGAUGAUUUCUCAAGCCGAAUCGGAACUAAUGAAAGCUUCUGUUGAAGUUUCAAGAGUUGUUAAAGGUUUAGAAGAGCAAAUCGAUGCAUUCGAAAAACGGAAAUUACAUGAUUUGAAAACUGUACUUUUAGAUUUCAUUAUCAUCGAAUUAAGCUUUCAUGCCAAAGCUCUGGAAUUACUAACAAAAGGUUACCAAGAUAUUGCAGAAAUCGAUGAAGUUAAAGAUUUAGAGGAAUUUCGUGAAGUAAUGCACGUACCCGAUUCUGUUGCAAGAUUGUCCACUGUUGGACGAACUUCGUUUCGGCAAUCUUAUUCUCUUAUCAAUUUGGCGAAUCGUUUUAUGUCUUCACCCGCAAAUUCUCAGAAAUUAACUAACCAUACAAUCGAAUCGACAUCGAUUGAUUCUGCAAAGUCAAGUUUAAAAACUAACUCUUCAGAAUCCGUACAGAUUGAGGAAUUUAGAGGCAGUUCAGAAGAAACAGAAUCUGAAUCUACUAAAGAAAAACCUAUUGAACUGCAAAGUAAUUCUGGACAUAAGGAUUCAAUACGAUUUAUAGUUAAAGCAAUACCAUCGAUUCCUACAUAUCAAAAGUUUUUAACAAUGCCUAUAAUGGUCAAGCAUGAUUGA